AUGGCUAGGAGGUUCCACUGCCUCCAUGUUCAAGGACAUUCCUGGUCACUCCAUCUACUCCUCCUGCUGCUGCUUGUGGCUAGGAGGCCACAGGCUCUUGAAGUAUCUGGCUACAGCACUGAUACCACCAAGAAGGAGAUCAUCAUAGAGGGGGAUCUGGUGAUUGGAGGACUCUUUCCAGUGCAUCAGAAGGGUGACGGAGCAGAGGACUGUGGCCGCAUCAAUGCCCAAAGAGGGAUACAGAGACUGGAGGCCAUGCUGCUUGCACUAGAUGAGAUCAAUAAAGAUAAUCGGAUCUUGCCUGGAGUCACGUUGGGUGCUCAUAUUCUGGACACAUGUUCAAAGGACACAUACGCACUGGAGCAGUCACUGGAAUUUGUGCGUGCUGUCCUGACAAAGGUAGACGACAGUGAAUACACGUGCCCAGAUGGAUCCUAUGCCAUUCAUGAUGAUGUUCCUCUUGCCAUCUCUGGAGUCAUUGGUGGGUCCUACAGUGAUGUGUCCAUACAGGUGGCCAACCUUUUGCGACUUUUCCAAAUUCCCCAAAUUAGCUAUGCGUCAACAAGUGCUAAGCUAAGUGAUAAGUCCCGCUAUGACUAUUUUGCUCGUACCGUCCCACCAGACUUCUAUCAAGCCAAGGCCAUGGCUGAGAUCCUGCGCUACUUCAACUGGACUUAUGUCUCUACUGUAGCCUCAGAGGGUGACUACGGAGAAACUGGCAUUGAUGCUUUUCAGCAGGAGGCCAGAGCCUUGCAAAUCUGCAUCGCUACAUCUGCGAAGGUUAGCCGCUCAAUGGACCGCUACAGUUAUGAAGGAGUGAUCAGGUCUCUGUUACAGAAGUCCAAUGCUAAAGUUGUUAUCCUCUUUACUAGAAGCGAGGAUGCUAGGGAGCUUCUUGUUGCCGCAAAUCGCAUGAAUGUGUCCUUUAUUUGGGUAGCAAGUGAUGGCUGGGGGGCCCAGGAGAGUGUGGUGAAAGGAAGCGAGUCAGUGGCAGAAGGAGCUUUUACCAUUGAACUUGCUUCAUAUCCAGUCAACAAAUUUGCUGAGUACUUCACAAAUCUAAAUCCUUACAACAACACUCGUAAUCCCUGGUUUCGUGAGUUCUGGGAGCAUCAGUUCCAAUGUAGUCUGCAUGAUAUUAACUGUGGGAAGCAUUCGCUCCGAGAUGGCAAAUUUGAGCAAGAAUCCAAGAUAAUGUUUGUAGUGAAUGCUGUGUAUGCAAUGGCCUAUGCACUGCACAACAUGAGACAAUCAGUAUGUCAAAACUCAACUAAACUCUGCAGUACCAUGAAACCAGUAAAUGGAAAGAAGUUGUAUAAAGAUUACAUCUUGAAGACAAAGUUUGAUGCUCCUUUUCGUCCAGCUGACACAGAGAACACCAUUAUCUUUGAUGCUUAUGGAGACAGUCUGGGUCGGUACAACAUCUUCCACUACCACAUAGAAAAUGGCACAUAUGUUUACCGUAAAGUGGGCUUUUGGUCCCAGACUUUGAACCUAGAUACAAAUCUGAUUCCUUGGGAUAACCAAUUGCUACCUACAUCUCAGUGUAGUGACCCCUGCAAGAUGAAUGAAAUCAAGAGCAUGCAGCCCGGUGAUGUCUGCUGUUGGAUCUGUAUUCCCUGCCAGCCCUACCAGUAUCUCCUGGAUGAAUUCACUUGUGCAGAAUGCAGCUUUGGUCAGUGGCCACUGGCCAACCUCACUGGCUGCUAUGACUUGCCUGAGGAGUACAUCCAUUGGGAGGAUGCCUGGGCUAUUGGACCAGUCACCAUUGCCUGUUUGGGGAUCCUGUGCACACUCUUUGUGAUUGGACUCUUCAUAAAGAACAAUGAGACACCUGUAAUUAAAGCUAGUGGACGAGAAGUUUCCUACAUUUUACUCCUGGGAGUGCUUCUCUGUUACUGCAUCACUUUCAUCUACAUUGCCAAACCUUCAGUAGUAGUGUGUACAUUACGUCGUCUUGGGCUUGGUACAUCCUUUGCAGUUUGCUACUCGGCACUUCUGACCAAGACCAACCGCAUUGCACGUAUUUUCAAUGGCGUCAAAGAUGGUGCACAAAGACCACGGUUUAUUAGUCCAGCUUCACAGGUAGCUAUUUGUGCUGCCCUCAUUUCAUGUCAGCUCUUAGUAGUGAUGGUCUGGCUCUUGGUAGAAGUGCCGGGUGUAAGGAAAGAGGUCAGUCCUGAGAGAAGAGACAUAGUCAGGUUGAAAUGCAACAGCAAGGACUCCAGCAUGCUAAUUUCACUGACCUAUAACUGUGUCCUCAUUAUCCUCUGUACCUUCUACGCCUUCAAGACCAGAAAGUGCCCAGAGAACUUCAAUGAGGCAAAGUUUAUUGGUUUCACGAUGUACACCACCUGCAUAAUCUGGCUGGCUUUCCAGCCCAUCUUCUAUGUCACAGCCAGUGACUACAGGGUUCAGACCACCACAAUGUGCAUCUCGGUGAGUCUGAGUGGCUCAGUGGUGCUGGGUUGCCUUUUUGCUCCUAAGAUCCACAUCAUCCUGUUCCAGCCACAGAAGAAUGUCACCACCAGUCUCAGGGUGGCCACCACUCGCUUUAGUGUGACCACAGGCCCCGGCUCCAGCUUCUCUCAAGCUUCAGCAUCCAACAUUGUGCCAACAGUGUGUAAUGGAAGAGAAGUAGUGGACUCGACAACAUCAUCCCUCUAAAAGAUGAACUCUAUCCAUCUGCCAAAUGUGGUAUACAGAUUAAUUUUUAUCACUAGUCAGUAAAACGUGUUUGCUGAUAUUAAGGAGGCCCCUCACAAUACAGAGAGGCACUUAUUUCAUUUUCAACGUGCUGUGAAAAUAUUCUCUCCCUCUC